CGGAAGGUGCAUUAUCCUCGAUUUUAAGAACAUCAUGAAUCCCGUGUUCUGCCGGAUGUGUCUCAAGGACCCUCCCGCGGACUCGCUAGUGUUUUCCAUCUACGAUACAGUUCAGGGCAGACCGUUGGUGGAACUUAUCGACGAGCUGUUCUCCAUAAAGGUGAACGUUGAGGAUCGACUGUUGAACGUAUGUCUAGAGUGUGUGAAUAAAAUUAAUUCCGUGCAAAAGAUUUGCCGUCUGUUUGUCGCCAACAAUGACAAACUACAAAGCAUGCUGCACGGGGAGGAAGCGGAAGCGAUCGGCAUUGAUAACGAGACGGAGAAUGCCGGUUAUGAGGUGAUGCACAGUGCUGAAACAUCUGCCAACGCACAGGGGCACAAGGUAUUGUGGAAAACUGAGCGGGAAACUCCACACCGACCGAUAAACGGUGAAGCCGAAACGGAAGAAGAACUAUUGACCGUCGAGGAGCCGAAUACGGUGGCAAUCGAAGAACUGUUCUUAGACUCGGAUGUCAAGUGUGGGAUAGCGAGGCCCGAUUUGGAGGUGAACGAUGAGUCGUCGACGGACGACCAAGCCAACCGAGCCCGGCAGCUAGCGGAGCUGAACCGGAAGUGCUACUUCUGUGGUGUGAUUUUCAGUACCUCGCUGGAAUACAUAAAUCACCUUACGCAGCACUACGACCGAGUGCCGUAUACGUGCACCGAGUGCAAUGGGUUGGUGGUGCACAGCGUUCAGUUCGCCAGCAGACACAUUGGUAUGCACGAUCGAACCGAUCGUCCCUACGGUUGCCGUGUCUGCGCACUGCGGUUCACAUCCAAGGAUCGCAGUUUGGGCCACGAACGGAAAGCGCAUCGCUACAAGCCGAAACAACAACAGCUCAGCGUUAGCCGGAUUCCGAGCAGUCGAUCGACAUCGAUCGACAGCAAUCGAGCCGUGAGAUCCAUGCGCAAUCAGCUUAAACCAAGACCGUUCAACUGCCAGAUUUGUGGGAAUUCCUUCACAUUGAAGCGAAAUCUCAACCGGCACAUGAGAAUUCAUGCGGGCCAAAAACCGUACAAAUGCAUCGAGUGUGAUAAAACCUUUCUGCAGUCGUCGGAUUUGGCCGUUCAUCUACGACGCCAUCGCCCGAAUGUGACGUCCGAAUGUUCACAGAACAAGAAGAAAGAAUCAGAACAGCCCGAGAAGUAGCAACUACGGAAAGGCGGAAACGAUAAAGAACCGUGGAACGUAUCCCCCCAUUCGGAGCGUUAAUAAAUAAAUUU